GUCCUCUUGUGGCUCUCAGCUGGAGAUGUCUUCAACUCCGCUAAAGGUGUUCAUUCUGGUGCUGGUGCACUGCGGCAAUGGACUAUGCUUCUCAUCGGCAGCGCGGCAACAUCCAAGCUUCCUUGGAUCUCAAGGCACUGGAAUAAGCCGUCCUGGCAGACUACGAAGGCCGCAUGCACCAGCACGGCCCUGUCCGGCCAUCUACAGGCUUCCCUUGCUGCUUAUGAGUGAUGACGAUGCCUCUGACUCGCCACCUGUCAUUGAGCGGCUCCUUAUUGUUGGCGCGAGCAAGAAGUUGGGGCUGGAGGUGGCUCGCCAAGCGCAAGAAAGAUCUCUCAAACAAGAUCCGCAGUUGAUCGGCUCUAUCCACGUGUCUAUUCAGCCCGACAGCGACUCUCCCUUUGCUGACGACGGUGCCCUCCAGAUGCACCGGUGCGACGUGAUGAACCCGCUGGGUGUCAAGUAUCUGCUGACGGAGGUGCGGCCCGAUGUGCUCAUCAGCUGUGUUGGCGGCAGCUGGGACAACGCCUCCAUGUUUGCCGUCCAGGACAAAGAGUCCGUUGACGAGGAGCUCAGUGUCGACUUCGCCGGCAAUCGGCACCUGAUCGACUGUGCGGCUGAACGGGGUGACGUGAGGCACUUUGUGCUGGUGUCGGCUGUGGGGGCGUCUGAGUCUGAAGGGUGGAUUCCCAGCCAGGCCCGGGACAGCUUGAGAGUGUGGCUGAUGAACAAGUCCAAGGCCGAGAGCCACUUGCGCAGAAGCGGGCUGCCCUACACCAUCAUAAGGCCGUGUCCGAUGGACGACAGCCAGGGGGCCGACGCCCGCCACCACCACCACGCCGUCCUCACUGAAGGUACCUACGUGCACAGGGGAUACACACACAGCACAGCGCAGCCCCUCCUCUCCCCCCUCUCCCUCUGUCUCUGUGUGUCCUACCAGGCCCUGAUGUGUACGGCUUGGUGUCCCGGUCCGACGUGGCGAGCAAGAUUUUGGACUGCGUGGGUUCGCGGCGGGCUGUGGUGGGCAAGACUCUGUCGGUGGUCGACACGGAGCGGGUAUUGCAGGCCAACCCGUACGUAAGGGCCCUCGAGGUGUGGGAGAGCGUCCCUUUCAAGGAAUACGUGGUUUAGAUAGAGAGCCUUCUCGUGGGCUCUAGGGGGGGGUUGCAUGAGCUGUAGCUGUCGUCGAAUUUGCGUUAGUUGUGUCGGUCGGUCUGUGGCAUGUAUGUGUGUGUCUGU